AUGCACUAUCUAUAUUCGGUCCCCGUUCUUUUCUCCUUUGCUUCCGUUGUAUCUUCUUCAAAUGCAACGGUAGACCUCUCAUGGCAUGCUCCGCCAUCGACAAAGGUCAGCGACCUUCAGACUGUCAUCAAUAGCACUGGCGUGUUUGGAAACUUUAUCUUCAACUCUUCCACCACUCCGGCAGGUCUGCCAUACUCGACCUAUAACUGGUGCAACAUGCCUCACGUCCGCUGCACCGAGUAUCCUAAGGUCGACUUCAGUUACAAGCUCGAAUACGUCCAUGUCAUCCACCGCCACCACAAACGUACUCCAUAUGCAUCCAACACUUUCCCUGUGGAGUCCUAUGCAUGGGAGUGUUCAGAUGAGGGUCUCUACUACAACGCCAACACCUUCACUGGCGCCAAUGCCGAUUCCUCGGCAUUGACGUAUUGGAGUGUCUUCACUUCUCCUUCAAAUCCCUUGGCUCCGCAAGGCUUCAAUGGCACAUGCCAGUUCCCUCAAUUGACUGCAGGAGGUCUUGACGACAGUCACCAACACGGCAAAGACAUCUUCGAAGUCUAUCACGGUUUGCUUGGCUUCCUGCCCGCAAGAUAUGACCCACGCAAGAUGCAAUUCCGUGUGACCAACAAUGUCAUCACUUCUCAAGUUGCGAGCAAUCUGAUUCCUGGCAUGUUUCCCUCGCUUACUGAAAGGAACAUUCCCUUGAUGAUUCAACCCGGUUCAAUCGACAGUCUGGAGCCUGCCUAUACAUGCUCAUCUGCAUCCACUCUGUACUCGUCUUAUGGCGUGGGCAGCACCAAUGCAAACUGGACCGCUCAUCUCACUGCUUCAGCCGGUCUUGCUCAUGCUUUAGAUGCCAUAUCUGGUAUCUCGUCCAGCUCCACUGCCUGGCACCAAUCCUGGGACCACUACUUUGACAACCUUUCCGCUCGCCUCUGUCACUCGAAGCCCUUGCCCUGCAACAGCACCACAGGCGCUUGCGUCACCCAGUCCCAAGCCAACGAGGUCUUCCGUCUAGGCGAAUACGAAUACAACUACCUGUACCGCUCAGCUGGACCUCAGACUCUCGAGUACGCCCGUCGCAGUUAUGGCAUCUGGGUCGCAGAACUGGCCAAUCACUUCCGCGCCGUACAGAACGGAACCGACUCUGUCAUCUACAGACAUGAUGUUGCUCAUGAUGGCAGUAUCUCUCGCUUGCUGGCCCUACUUCAGAUUCAGGAGAUGGUAUGGCCAGGCAUGGGCUCUGAGAUUGUCUUUGAACUCUACUCUAAGCACAAUGAGUGGUUCGUUCGUAUUUUGUGGGGAGGACAGGUCUUGAGAAGUUCGAGCCCUACGCUCGGAAAUCACGUCGACAUGGUUCCUCUGCAGAACAUCUUGGCCUACUUUGAUGGCUUGGUUGGUCGUAGUGCUUCUUUGGUCCCUGGUCUCUGCAACCAAAAGUAG